AGUGGGAGGAAUAGUGCCCCAUCAUUGGUGUCAGUGGGAGGAAUAGUGCCCCAUCAUAGGUGUCAGUGUGGGAGGAAUAGUGCCCCAUCAUUGGUGUCAGUGGGAGGAAUAGUGCCCCAUCAUUGGUGUCAGUGUCAGUGGGGGGAGGAAUAGUGCCCCAUCGUUGGUGUCAGUGGGGGGAGGAAUAGUGCCCCAUCGUUGGUGUCAGUGGGGGGAGGAAUAGUGCCCCAUCGUUGGUGUCAGUGGGGGGAGGAAUAGUGCCCCAUCGUUGGUGUCAGUGGGGGGAGGAAUAGUGCCCCAUCGU